AUGAAACUGAAGGAUGAAGAUGGCAACAUAGUGCAAGAAUUUAGCUGCAAAUCAGUGAUUGGUCAUGCUGUGGUGUACUCAAAGCGGGGCAUUUUCAUUGUAGAUAAUGCAACAGACGGCUUUACAUUAUAUCGCCUUGAAGGUGAUGGUGAGCCUGUUCGAACAUUUGCAACUGGUUUGCCAAGCGUGUCGGUCCUGAAGCAAGUGGCAUUCGGGGAAGAAGGCAAGACACGCGAUCUCAAUGGCCACUGCACAAUUGCCAGCACUUCGCCCAUGCCAGGGCACGGGAAAACUACAAUCAAGAUAUGGGCGUACGACUACGCAGUGCCAAAGUGUGUCCAAGCUGCCAUUAUAUUUGACGAGUAUGUAGAUAUCGAGAAGGAUGAUAAGGAAGGGCCGACCGAAGGAUAUGUCAAAAACGACAUUAUGAUGCUCCGGGAAUUAGCAGCAAAGCUCAUGGAGCUAGCUUAA